AUGGCGAAGACAGCCGGGGUGGUCUGCGCCCUCCUCCUCCUCGCCGCGCUGUGCUGCCAGAGCCUGGCUCAGAGAGCCCCGGCCAUGCCAGACAAGUGCUGCUUCAAAUUCCAGAUGAGAAGGAUCAAGAGAGACAACAUCGUCGCCUGCUACCCCACCAGCCCUGAGUGCCCACACGAGGCUGUGAUCUUCAGGGUGAGGAGCGGGAAGGAGAUCUGCACCCAGGCAAGCAGGGCCUGGGUGAGGAAGUACCAGCAGAGCUUCCAAGUCAGCUCCUUCUCCAUCCCCAGCUAG